AUGGACAGGAAACUACAGAAGAUGAACGCGAAGCUGAACCCCACGAAGCUGCCGCACAACCCGAUCUCCAAGAAUGCGCGCAAGAAGGAGAUGGAGCUUAAGAGCAAGGAACAGAAGCAGAUCAGAGCACAGGCAGAGAAGUCGUUGGACGCUGCCAACUGGACCAAGGAGGUCUUCAAGGGCGACAAGUUUGCUGGACGGGUAGAGGAAAGUCUUGAGGACAAGCUCGUCAAGUCUGCGGUGGGUCUGGUGACCUACGACGAGCUGUGCGAGAAGAGAGAGACGCUCGCGCAGGAGAUGGCGAGCGAGAAGGAGGCAGAGGCUUCCGCAGCUAAGAAGCACAAGAAGCAGAAAUCCCGCAGCACCCUCUCGUUUGACGUGGAUGAGGACGAGACAGGCCUAGCAGAAGAGCCCUGA